AUGGCUUCUUCUUCUCUUUCUUUAAAACACGAUGUGUUUCUCAGUUUCAGAGGUGAGGACACACGCAACACAUUCGUUGGCUAUCUUUAUGCAGCUUUAUCGGCAAACCAAAUCUUAACUUUCAUGGAUCACGAGCUUGAGAGAGGGGAUGAAAUUUCACCAACACUAAGCAGAGCCAUUAAAGAAUCCAAGAUUUCGGUGAUCAUCUUCUCGGAAAACUAUGCUUCAUCCACAUGGUGUUUGGAUGAACUUGAGGGGAGUUACAAAGUUGCAUUCGCUUCACAUGAAAAAAGUUUCAGGGAUAGAAUGGAGAAGGUGAAUCAAUGGAAAGCUGCUUUAACAGAAGCAUCCAAUCUAUGUGGAUUGGAUUCAAAGGAUUUCGGGCCUGAAAACAGGUUAGUUCAAAAAAUUGUUGAAGACAUUUCAUUAAAAUUGCCUAAACAUCUAUUAUUGGAUGAGCAUAUCAAGGGACACCUUAUUGGAAUUGAAAAGCAUAUCAAAGAAAUUGAAUGGCUGUUAUCCAAUGGCACAAAAGCUGUUCACAUCAUAGGUUGUUGCUUUCUUUGGAAUGUUAGAGAAGAAUAUGCAAGAUUUGGAUUGCAUCAUUUGAGAAGGAAACUUUUAUCUAAUUUAUUAAAUGUUGAAGCUAAUGUAAAGAUGGAUACCUUAGAUGUGACAUCACCUUUUAACCUUGACAGACUUCGACGUAAGAAGGUACUGAUUGUUUUGGAUGAUGUGGAUAGUUCAAUCCAAUUGGAUGCUUUGGUGGAAGGAUAUCGCCAACUUGCUUGUGGAAGUAGAAUCGUUGUUUCAACUAGAAAUAAGCAAGUGCUUAUGAAAGAAGCAGACUAUAUUUACAAGCUUGAGAGGUUAAAUCCCAUUGAAUCUCUUAAGCUCUUCCAUUUGCAUGCUUUUGGUAAAAAUUCUACAGCAGUGGAUAACAAAAUGGUGUUGGAAGUGACAAAUUAUGCAAAUGGCAAUCCAUUAGCUCUGAAGGUCUUGGGUUCUUUCCUUUGCUCUAGAAGUAAAAAUGAUUGGGAAAGUGCAUUGAAGAAGCUGAAAAGAUUUCCAAACCUGGAAAUUCAAGAUGUGUUGAGAAUUAGUUAUGAAGGACUAGAUGAUAAGAGGAUUAAGGAUACAUUUCUUGACGUUGCUUGCUUAUUUGAUUCAUCUUUUACAAGAGACCAUGCAGAAAGCAUAUUAGAUGAUGGUAACUCAUCUAUAAAAGUAGAAAUAAGUGUUCUCAUUGAGAAGUGUUUAAUUGAAGAUAUUGGAAGUCACAUGUACAGGAACGAUGAGCUAUUAUGGAUGCACGAUUUGCUGCGCCAAAUGGGUCGGGCAAUUGUACGUGAUGAAGAUAGAGAACCUGGUAAUCGUAGUAGGUUGUGUGAUGCUAUGGAAAUUAGCGAGGAUGAUGCUUAUGUUGGUAACAAGUUCAAGCUGUCUAUUCCUCAAGACCUUGAUUCUUAUCUUUCUAAUAAGCUAAGGUCUUUUCAAUGGGACUUUUACCCUUUGAAAUCGUUGCCAUCAAACUCUAUUCCUGAGAAUCUUGUUGAACUUGUACUUCAUUGCAGCCAUGUUGAAAAGCUCUGGAAUAGUCGUAAAGUUCAGUAUCUUCCGGUCCUAAGAAGGAUUGAUCUUAGUUGUUCCAAGUUCCUUAGUCAACUACCAGAUUUGUCGCAGGCUCCAAAUUUGGAGAGUAUAGAUCUUGAAGGCUGUACAAGCUUGGUUCAGGUUCUUUUAUCUCUUCAAAAUCUUGACAAGCUUACUUAUCUAAAUUUGAAUGGCUGCUCCAAACUCAGAGAUUUUCAAGAUAUAUCAAAGAGAACAGAGGGGUGUUUGGAUAUUGUUAGGUUUGGAGGCAUUAAGAAUGUUUUGAAUAAUUUCACAUAUCUCAAAAGUUGCAUCCAAAGUUUUACAGGCAAUUUAUUUCUCUACUCAUCUCAGGCUCACAUUUCUCAAAAGUUUGCACCCAAUUUAAGAUAUUUAAUUUUGAGUGGGACAGCAAUAGAAACAGUGCCCCCAUCACUUGGGUAUCUCCCGGGUCUUGUUGAAUUGGAUAUGGAGCAUUGUAAAAGACUGAGAAGUCUUCCAACAAGCAUUUGUCAUUUGAAAUCUCUUGAGACACUGUACCUGUGUGGUUGUGAGAAACUGAAAACGUUUCCAGAAAUCUCGGAGCCUAUGGAACACUUGACAGAACUUUGGUUAGAUUAUUCGGGCAUUAAAGGGUUGCCAGAGUCAAUUGAAAAUAUAGUUUCACUUAGAAAAUUAUAUAUACAACAUUGCAAGGACUUUGAGUUUCUCCUCAACAACCUAUGUAAAUUAAGGAACCUUGAGAGGAUAUGGCUCGACAACUGUUCAAAAUUUCAAAACUUGCCUUCUCUUCCAUCGUCUUUGCUCAAAUUGUCGUUGCUCUAUUGUGAGAGAUUGAAAUCUUUAUCAGAGAUUCCAUCAUAG